AUUUGGUAAUUAAUCGGUAUUGUAUUCUAUUUCUAAGAAUCGUGUAUCUAAGGUAAAAUAAUAUCCACAUGCAACAUCCUAAGAAUGGAGACAUGUAAUAUGGUCCUUCAAUAUUUGCGAAGAAGUCUCUUCACCUUCCAAAAUAACUUUAAAAUACGAUACAAUACAAUAGAAGUUGUGGUUCCGUGCAACAAUUAUCUGUGAAGCAAUUAAUCUCACAACAAAAUGUCGAUGAUACCAAGCAACAACAACCCCUUUGGUGAUUCCCUUUUGACAAGUUCAAUGAAAGAACUUUCUCGAGAGAAUCCAAUAUUUCUAAACAACCAGAUUGAUUGGAAAGAGACACCAGAAGCACAUGUAUUCAAAGCGGAUGUGCCGGGGUUAAAGCAAGAGGAAGUGAAGGUUGAGGUUGAAGAUGGAAGAGUGCUUCAGAUAAGAGGUGAGAGGAGCGUGGAAAGACAAGAGAUGAAUGAUGCAAAUCAUCGUGUUGAACGUAGUAGUGGAAAAUUCAUGAGGAGUUUCACUCUUCCUGCUAAUUGUAAAAUGGAUCAGGUUAAGGCUUCUAUGGAGAAUGGGAUACUCACUGUUACUGUCCCUAAGGAUGGUGCUGCCAACCAUGAUGCUAUUGCUAAUGAAAAUUCAAAUUAGAAUUUUAUUUCAAUCAUCAUCAUAAGCGUUACUUACUGAUGAUUUGUAUAGAAAUAGGAGACAUUUCAAUUCACAGAAAUCACAUUGCUCGUUGGAUAUCAUAUGAAUUCAGUCGUGCCUUGUAAAAUUAUGUUCUAUGCUUUUCACUAAAAGUGAAGCUAAAUCUUGCGAUUUUACAUUAUUGUAUUUGAGAGUUUUAUCUUGUAUUGAGUUGUUAUCUUAAUGUUGAAAUGCCAUUAAAACAAAAUCCUAUCAAGUUAUUUAUUAUAUCUAAUGAAAUUAUAGGUAUAGAGCCGGAGAUAUCCUGCCAGAAAAUCUCAGUUA